CCCGUAGGCGCAUUCGCUCGCACGCUUCGUACAAAGCGGACUCACACGAGAGGGAUCCGUUGUCAUCCUCAGCGUAGCCGCCAGCCGCCGUUGUUGUUGUCGUUGCUGUUGAGUUGCAUCCGAGAACCGCAAGGAUCGAAGAAAAGGGAAGACCAAGAAGAAAGACAAACGUCGGAGAAUCUUCAAGCUCGAAGAAAGAAGUUAACCGAUCGAAAAAGGAAUUUUAAUAUCGUCCUUCUCCCUUUGGUGAUCCUUCCGGCUAGUUUGCUCACGUAGACAGCAGUGAAAAGCUCAGGCAGUCCUCGUUGCGCACGUACUUACGGUACUAUCCGAGCAACGAAAACCGAGAGACCGGCGACCCGAGAAUUAUCGGACGCUUGAAGAGUUUUCGCAAGGAAGAGCGAUACGGCGGAUAUGAUGGCUGUCGCAGCGGCGCAAAAGAAUCGAGAAAUGUUUGCUAUCAAGAAGUCCUACAGCAUCGAGAAUGGUUAUCCCGCAAGACGACGAUCCCUUGUGGACGAUGCUCGUUUUGAAUCUUUGGUUGUGAAGCAGACGAAGCAGACUGUUUUGGAAGAGGCUCGUCAACGAACUAAUGAUCCGUUAGUUGAUUCGGAACUAGACCAUCAGACGGAGAUCAUGUCGUCCAGCGAUGACGAGCAAGUGGAGACAUUGGCUUGCGCAGCUAAAGAUGGAGAAGCGAGAGCGGAGGUUUCAUCGGACAGCGACGCUAAGCCAGAUGAUUACGAUGAUGACGCAGGAUUAACGGAAGAAGAAGUGGUGCUGAUGAGGACUAUCCAAGAGAGUCCAGAAAGCGAGCACACCGUGCAGAAAGCUGCGCUUGUUCUGCGCCUGCGCGAAGGAAUCGGUUCCUUGGCGAGGAUCUUGAAGACGAUCGAGAAUUUCAAAGGUACCGUGACUCACGUCGAGUCCAGACCCUCUAAACGUGAGGGUUUGCAGUUCGACGUCCUGGUCAAGGUAGACAUGACCAAGCAGAGCCUGCUGCAGCUGAUCAGGAAUCUUCGUCAAAGCUCCGCGUUGGACGGUGUCACACUGCUGGCGGAUAACUCCGUCAGCAUCAAGGAUCCGUGGUUCCCGCGUCAUGCGUCUGAUCUCGAUAACUGCAACCAUCUGAUGACCAAAUACGAGCCGGACCUUGACAUGAACCAUCCCGGCUUCGCUGACAAGGAAUAUCGCGCUCGCAGGAAAGUGAUCGCUGAAAUUGCCUUUGCUUACAAGUAUGGUGACGUGAUACCCAGCAUUCCUUACACCGAGACGGAAAACGAGACGUGGAACCGCGUGUUCAACACUAUCGUAGACCUGGUCCCCAAACACGCUUGCAUCGAGUACCAAAGAGUUUUCAAGAGACUGCAAGAAGAGAAGAUCUUCGAAGCUAACCGUAUACCCCAGCUGCAAGAGGUUAGCGACUUCUUGAAGAAGAACACCGGGUUCACUCUGAGACCGGCCGCAGGACUGCUCACAGCUAGGGACUUCUUGUCUAGUCUUGCGUUCAGGGUGUUCCAGAGCACCCAAUAUAUCCGUCACAUCAAGACGCCGUUCCACACGCCUGAACCGGACUGCAUCCACGAACUCUUGGGACACAUGCCAUUAUUGGCUGAUCCAAGCUUCGCCCAGUUCUCCCAAGAAAUCGGUCUUGCCUCGCUCGGUGCUUCAGACGAGGAAAUCGAGAAACUGUCCACUAUCUACUGGUUCACAGUUGAAUUUGGUCUCUGUAAGGAAGGUAAAGAGGUGAAAGCUUACGGCGCCGGUCUUCUGUCGGCUUAUGGAGAGCUGCUUCACGCGCUGAGCGACAAAUGUGAGCACCGACCAUUCGAGCCAGAAACUACGGCGGUCCAAAAAUACCAAGAUCAAGAAUACCAGCCAAUUUACUUCGUCGCGGAAAGUUUCGAGGACGCCAAAGAGAAAUUCCGUCGCUGGGUGGCCACCAUGAGCCGACCUUUCGAAGUGAGAUACGAUCCACACACUCAACGCGUAGAGAUUCUUGACAGCGUGGACAGGUUGGAGAAUCUCAUGUCCCAGAUGAAUAUCGAGAUGACCCACCUCACGAGCGCUCUCAACAAAAUCAAGAAGUCGUUCGCGUAAGACCACUGAGGGACCCAUCCCCAUGACACGAUACGGUUGUUUCUUCCGCGAGUCGUCGAGCUUCUCGAUCGACCUUUGAUGUCGCCUCGAUACGCUUUUACCGAAAGUUACGAUGCUUCUAGUAGGAAUCGCGAAAUUUAAAGUUUGUUCGUUAGAGAUCGACACCUUUCGUUGAACGGAGAAGGCGUAUUUUCAAAGCGGAAGAGAGUUAUGAAUACACGUAUCUCUGAAAAGACGUCAAGGUCUCGAUGGGCUCGGUGAAGCACGUCACUUCACUUGAUCAUCAUUCGUCGUUCGCAUCGAACCGUUCUCACUCUGUGUAUAAAAUCGUCCAUUCGCAUAAUUGUACGCACGUGCGCGUGGUUGAAAUGUUCGGCAAAGUGAAGUUCGAAGUAUGCUCAUAUUUUUUCGUAUUUAGCGCAUUAUAAGAAAAACGUUUAUUCAUUUCGUCUUAUUUAUUAAAUUCUCGCUAACAAAUAUCUGAGCUCUCUAUUUCUUGAACGGGAAGAAAGUUAUUUAUGAACUCUACGCGGUCGUGUAUUAUAUUGCUCUCAGUAAUCAAUUAUUGCAGAGUUGCCAUUUUAUAUGACAAAAGUAAAUACCUUGGACUUGAGAAAAGUUUGCGAGCAUCACGUCACGGGUAUAUGCGUAUGCGUUUCAUUGUUAUAUUACGUUAUACAUAGUGCAUUGUAUUCUAUUCCAGUACUUUAUGUUAUUAUUAUUAUUAUUGUCACCAUUAUCUUAGAUGUAGAAUAUUCACAAUUGUGUUGCAAGUUGCUUCGUGUAGGCAAACGAUGGUAUCCACCGCGAUAGUUUGUAACUCGCGUGUCGUCUACACUUAGUUUAGCUGUAUAGUCAGACGAUUAGUAUUACAAGACAAAGUAGGCUCUUUAUUUUUUAGAAGUAUUAACGAACCCAUACAUUUCUUGGGAAACAUGCUCAUUUGUAUUAGUUAAAGGAUCGUCUUUGACAAUCGGGAAUUCCAUGUUUCGAGUGUCUUCGUGUAUCUGUGUAUUUUAUCCGAAUUAUCCGUCUGAUAGUGGAGACAUGUCAAUAAAGAAGCGUGUUGUUUCCCGAGAAACUUGUUACUAUUCACGAAAUUUGCUUCGAUAACGAAGUGACAAUGUGUUAUAUUAGAAACGCACUGUUUAGCGUGUAGUGCGAGUCCUUGCUUGUGCACCCUGCACUUUUUUCCCGUCGCUAACUCGUACCAAAUAUCUUUCCUCCAAGUUGGUAUUAACACGCGCGCCGUGUUCACGCUUGCUCAGCCGUAGGAAACUGUCGGUGCGCGUAUACUAGAUUUCCUUUGUAUAAUAUUGUAUAGUACUCAGAGCAUAAUAAAAAUCUAAGAUAUGAAUCUUAAAUAUUGCCUUUUCUUCCAAAUGAAAUUUGGUUCCCUCGUUUUACUGAUCCGGUCAUAUAGGAUGUCCUGUGCACAAUGGUUCGACCAUCAAGGG